GAGAAAUAGGCUGGAGAUCAUUCUGAUGAAUAGGUCCACCAUUAUUAAUUGUGUGGACAAUGGUUCUUUUCCCACGAAAGAUGUGGACGUUCUCUCCUGUGAGCGUUGUUUGUACAGCAGCUGUUGGUUCCCUCGUUGACAUACUUGGAACCGUGAUCUCUGUGGGGCGAUAUAAAAUUAUCAGAUCAAAUCGGUUUCAAGGAAGGGAGUUGAGCAUGCGGGUUGUAGGGGCACCAGCCGUUAGGGUUUUUCUUUGGGGGAACGAGUUCAAACAGAUAGGCGAUUCUCUUGAAGCUAUCUUCAAUUUGGGGAGGCAUCCUACAGUAUCAAUCACACAAGCAAAGGUCAGCUUACAUCUGCAGCAGAAAGUAGCGGGAACGCUAACAUCUAGUUUUGUUAAAAUAGAUCCUUAUGCUAGUAACGCUAGCUCCUCAUUUGACAGCAACUUGGGUGCUAUCACUGUUAUGCCCAAUGCAAACAGAAAGACGGUAUUGGAGAUCAUUGGAAACCUGGGGAAAUACCUUAUGGCAGAGUAUGUCACCGUGGAGGCCACCAUUAGCAAAUUCAAAGAUGGUCCCUAGGACUCCUAUUAUGAAAUAUGUACGCUUUGUAACAGUAAAGCGGAGAUUUGCGAAAGAAUGGUAUGCAACGUAUGCGGUCAACAAGUCUCAAGCCGGGUCUUUAGAUAUAAUCUUCAAUUUCAGAUUGAAGAUGCAACUGCAAAAGGGGGCUUUUGGGUUUCAGCUUUCGAUGAAUGCGGAACCCAAAUCAUGGGUAUCACCGCGGCGGAACUCGUUCAGAGCUGCUAAAAAGCAAGGAAUCUUGCACUUAUGUGUUCAGGCUUAAGAUGAAGGAAUUCCGCAAUGUACGCACGCUGAUGGUUACUGCAUUCAUGGCCGACAGAGAUUGGGCUAGAUACAAGUCUCAGGUAUGAUUUUUUUUUGGCAGUAAGUGAACAGAUAGAUUAGAAUGCCAGGAAAGAAGUGUACAAAAGGAACCUGGCAUAUAAUAGAUGGGUUAUAUACGAGUCUCAGAAAUUCUUUGGCAUUCUGUGAACAAGAUAGAUUAGAAUGCCAGGAAAGAAGGCAGAUAAUAGAUGAGUUAUAUACGAGUCUCAGAAAUUCUUUCGCAUUCUGUGAACCAGGUAGAUUAGAAUGCCAAUAAGAGUACAGAACGAUGCAUUUUCUGUAAAGCCAAACUAAUACAAACAAAUUGUUUCCGAUCCAGAAAGACUUGUGUUUGAAUAUCAAUGCAUGCACAUUUCAUUUCUAAUCAAAUGAUUGUGGAUAUGAGUCCUGUCGGCCGUGUCAAUUUCUUUAUGGGGAAUUGUACGUUUGAUUAUCAAAAGAAGCAUCUUUGACUUUUUGUGUGAUGCUUAUGUGGCAAAAGAUGCAUCUUUGACUUUUUGUGUGUGUGUCUGAUGCUUAUGUGGCAAUUUCUUGUUUGGGGAUUGUGAUGGAUAGAUAAGGCAUAAAGACAUAAGGUUAUUGUCGCUGCCCUAAUCACCAUUAGUCCAUCACAUUCGUAAAAGAAUAAUCUUUUCUCUUGUGGGAUGGGGUUUUGGGCUCAUGUAUUUUACCAUUGGGCUGGCAAACCCGGAGCGAAGAUAAGAGGACCUCUGAAGCCCAGUCAAGGUUAGCAAACAUUCUGGUUGUUUCUCGUUGACAGAUCCAAAAGUGUAUCAAUUUAACUAGCUUUGUACCCAUUCGAAUUGGGGAAGAUUUGCUAUCAGCCGUUCACUGGCGACGGUUCCGGCGGUGAUUUUCAGCGAUUUGGGCGGUUUGUCUACUAUCAAUAUUGAUGGUUGCGGCGGUUCCAGCUCCCUCCACUUCUCCUCUCAAUAUCGUCUGGGAUCUGUCACUCCUUCAUAUACCAUUGCUUCUUCUUCCCCUGUACCCGAAGCUUCACACUCUGCCAUUCAUCGUCGAUGUGCUCUGCCACAAAUGCACCCGACUGCCCAAAAUUGCAACAAACCGGGAAAAAUGACUACCAACGACAAAAAUCAAUGGUCUUGAACUGAAUUUUUGGUUUGGUUACUUGUAAUCUAUGUUCCCUCUAAUCAAAUCACGAGAGUAGCGUCGGGAUUUUUUAUUUUAUUUUUAAUUAGUAAGUGACGUGGGAUGCAAGCUCAGUAACAGAAUAAAUGUUUGACCGUUAAUAUUAACAGUUAACAAAAGUUUCGGGACAAAUUUGUCUAAUAAUUUCAAAAGUAUGUCAUAAAUUUCUUAUUUUAAAAAUAAGGCCAAAAUUGUCACUUAUACUAAACUUCGGACCAAACUAGGGUAUUAAUCAUUUUCCUUAUCCGAUGAUUGUUAUAUUUUCUCCUUCCAAUUUGGAUUCUAGGGUUCCAUUUUCCUUUUCAAUUUGUUUCCUAAAUUUGAUUAUGGGUUUUAAAGAAACAAGUGGUGUUUGU